CUGACGACCAGCCACCAAUGCAAACCCACGGUAGACGCACAGGUAUGCGGCGACAGGUAUAUAAAAGACUGCGGGAUUACAGUCGUUCUCUACAUUACUAUUGUGUGUGUAGUACGAUCGACUGCCAUCAUGAAGUGUCUCCUAGUCGCGCUAUGUCUCGCAGCGUCUAGCUAUGCUUACAAGUUGGAUCUGGAUAUUGACCUUGAGAACGCUGUGUGGCCAAAGGGAGCUUACGGUCUAACAAAACCGGAAUUCGGAUGCCCGGAACCGGAAGAGGGGUUCACCUGGCGAGAGGGAAUGCGCUUUCACGAUACCGAGGACAGUUUCCCUGACAACCAGUGGAGCGACAUCUUGCACUUUUACGGAAACUAUGGUAAGAACAACAUGGAGCAGCAUUUCUGCAUGAAGACGACGGACCAGACCAGCGACUACGCGUGGCCACAGGGCCAGUACUGCCUUUUCCGUGCCUCCAACCAGGCAUGCCCCGCCGGAUUCAGAGAUGGAUGGAUCAAGUUCGACGACGAAGACAGCUUUAACUCCAACCACGUAUCCGGAGAGGUGCCCCACGGUACGUACGAUCACAAUACUCUCAUCUGGUACUGCUGCAAGACCCAGGGCUUCCACGACGUGCCCAUGCAGCUGCCCCGCCACAAACCUUUCUACCUGUUCAAACACGGAGACCGCUGCCAGCAGGUGGCGGGUAUGCAUGAGAACGAGGAGUGGUUCCAAUGGGACUCCGAAGACACGCCGCCUGGUAACGAAUAUGCUGGCAGCGUGCCAACUAGCGUCAUCGGACAGAACGUCCGCAUCUACUACUGCUACUACACGCCCAAGUUCAGGCGCCCCGACAGCCGGCAGUAGAGAGGGCAGCACCGUUCACCGACCUUUCCAGUGACGUCACAGGGAAGCAGUGAUGGCGUGGAUUGUUGACGAUUGUUGUGUAUAAUGCGAAAACGUUCGAUACGAUUUGAUUUGGUGUGAUUACCGUGAAACUACGAUCUAUACAUCAAUAAAAUUUAAUAUACGUCUA